AUGCAGCCCUCCACGCUCUUCGUCAUCCUUUCCGCCAUUGCUCCGUUCGCCGCCGCCGCGUGCUGCCGAGCCGACAGCAACGGAAUUUGCGGGGACGGCACUACGGGCACCCCGUACUGCGGCUACGGGCCUUGCGACUGGACUGGUUGCAACUGCGAGGGCGGUUGCCGCAGCGGUUCGGCCGCUGCCAUGGGGAGUGCCGUCGAAGCCGGAGCGAGCGAGGUCCCUUCGGCCACCGAUGCCUUCAACGCCGCUGAUGUUGACGGCACCGGAAACCUUACCCUGCACCAGUACACUCAGUACGUCGGUGCUGCGGAUGAUGACAAGGCUUACGUCGAAUGGUUCGACAAGCACGACACGAACGGCGAUGGUGUCCUGAGCCUCGAGGAGGCCCUCGCCGAGUAG